AUGGCCGCUACCUUCCCCCAGCUCCUCAAGCGCUCUGCGUUUGCGGCGCACGACCCCGUCAUCACCCGUGUGUAUGCGUCCAACCCCCGCUCGAUCAACGCCUACAACGACUGGGGUCUCAAGUUCCCCGUCCACCGCGCAAAGGGCUCGCGCUUCCUCAAGGUUAGGCAGCUGGACGCCGGACCCGGUGUCGAUGCUCCCUGGGAGAGCGCAGAGAAGGAGGCGCGCUUCAUGGACACCUGGGGCGACGGCUCCGUCCCAUGGAAGGCGCCCAUAGCCAACAGGAUGCCCCAGCGCGCUGGUCUCAGCCUCCACUCGGGUAUCAACUCGCAGUUCUACGAGCAGGACCACUCGCAUACCACCCAGCAUAUCCCCAACGUCGAGGCCAUGUCCGAGGCCGAGUUUGAGACGUACCUCAAGCACGUCCGUGAACACCGCAAGGAGUUUGCCCAGUCGAUCUUUACCGAAGGUGCCCGUGGCGAGUCUGCCCCUGCUCAUGAGCGCACUCUGGCCCACGCCGCGACCCACCAGUACCUCCGCGAAGACGACUCUGCCGAGUUCCAGGUCAAGCUCGCCGCCCGUGAGCUUGCUGACCGGGAUUCCAAGCGCAUCGUCUCGGACCGCCACGCCGUGUCUGGUCUCCGCUACGCUGCGCCCUUGUCCGGCAAGAGCGGCCACAGCAUUGCGCCCGCGCACCCCGGUCGUGUCCUCGACCGCGUCACCCGCAUUGGCGGCACCCAGGCCGAAGGCACCAACGCCAAGUGGGUCGUUGGUCUUGGUGGUCUCACCACGGUCGCUCCCAGCGGCGUCGCCCGCACCUCGGACAAGGCCACCCUCGGCCAGUUUGACUACACCCGUGCCCGCCCCGACGUUGGCAUCUCCGACUUCAACGUCGAGAACGCAGUCCUCACGCAUGCGCCUCGCGUUCUCGGCCUGGGAUCCAAGUCGGACGGCGGCCAGCGCUGGUUGAAGAAGAAGUACUCGGGCGCUCGCAGGCCAGGCCCCCUCACGUCCAUGUCGUUCAACAUUGACGUUGUCGAGGACACCGACGUUGAGCUCGGUACCCCAGCGUAUGUCGCCCGUGAGGUUAAACGGCCAGGGCCCUUGGUCAGCGAGGCCAGCAUGGGUGUCCUCACCGGCAUGGGUGGACCCAAGGCCGACCGUGUUCGCAGGACGAAGACGACCAGGGUCGUCCACUCGACAGCCAUCAAGACCGUGCUGGCAAAGAUUGCCGUUCCGUCGCCCGAGUCAAGCAGUAGUUGA